UUUCUAUUUUUUUUUUUUUUAUUUUCUCUAUUAAAAUAAAGUAGGUAAUAUGGAUGAUGAUACAAUUGAGUAUUACUUUGAUAGUAUAGAGAACUUUUAUGCUGAAUUAGAUGAUGUCUUGAAUCAACCUUAUAAUAACGAAACUAAUGUUAAAAAAAUAACAACUCAAUAUAUUCGAUUCCUUGUAAGAUACCAACAUGAAUUUUUGAAAAGUUCAGUGGAAUUUGCCCAAGUUGCUUAUAAACUAAUCGAUUCUCAACUUUGCCUUGAUUACAGUACAGUUGUACUAUCACACAUUUUAAAUGAACAUGCACUUGUAUCUCAAGAUAAAACAGAGCUUUUAGUUUCAUUUUCUUUAUUACUUUAUGCGGGCAAAGACGAACCAAGAUGGUUAGAGUUUAUUUUAUUGGACUCAAUUCAAAUGAAAAAGAAUAGAUUAUUUUGCAAAAUUAUUACUGAAGUGAGACUUGGAUUUUAUGACUGCUAUAAAUUACUUCAUGCCGCAUUCUCUUUAUGUUAUGAAUUAUGUAAACUGGCUAAAGUAGAUAUAGAAGAUCUAAGUUUAAUAGAUACUUCACUUGUAAAUUAUCUUUUAGAUAUAGUAGAAAAAACACGUGGAGAUGCAGAUGAGUCUUUUAAUUAUGAUGUUAUUCGUUUAAUUAUGGUAUUCAAUGAACAAUAUAUGAUGUCUGGUUUAAACGAGAAUUUAAUACUUGAUGUAUUAUCUCAACGUAUCGGUACCUCAGACACAUUUAGUGCCAAUUUAAUAUUUAUGUUAAAUAGAUUAGAUGAUUUAUGUACUCAAAUGUUGAUAUUAAAACUGCUUUAUGGUAUAUUUACAACUCCAACAUUACAUGAAUACUUUUAUACAAAUGACCUUUACGUCUUGGUUGACAUUACCCUAAGAGAAUUAUGCAAUUUAAGUGAUACAAAAGAGUCACAAACUUUACAAGAAGCCUAUUUACGUGUGUUUGAACAAUUAUUGGGAAAUACUCAACUUCGAGAAAGGCCAUACAAGAAACAAGAAACAUAUAAAAUACUAAACUGCUUAUUAAAUCCUGGUAUGCGACGAAAAGUAAAUUCAACCACUAAACGACUAGUAAAACGUAUUAUUCAAGAUUGGUGGGAAAAAAUUUGUUGCGAGCUACAAGAUAAUAAAGAAAAUAUGACCUCAUCUACAAAUUCAUCUGUUAGCACAAUUUCAACUUCCUCAGGACUAACAACUCCUAAAAAUGAAGAUGAUGAAAUAUCCAUAGUUAUUAAUCGUGAAGAAAUGAAUGAAAAAGUGCAACAAGACAGUCAUCAACAAGCUGUUACUGCAUAAUACAUAUAUAAAUAAACACUGCAUCUAUUUUCACGAUUAUAAGAAUUUAUUUAUUAAAGAUAAAAUAAAGCAAAAAAAUGACCAAUGAACCUAUAUCAUUUUUAAUAUUAUGCUGUAUUGCCACACCAAACAUACGGGCAGAGACAGCUAAUUUUGACAGUCUUUAAGAGAUUUGAUCGUUUUGGAGUUAAAUGUGUUGAUAGCCAAGUCAUAUUUCAACUAUGAG